UCGGACAAAGAAUUUUUUUCUCACAUUAACACUCAUCUGAAGAGUAGUGAGACCGUGCAUUGCAUGUUUAAGGGUUGCUCUUACCAAACAAAUGUGUAUGGUACAUUUAAAUCACAUAAAAGCCGGAAACACAGUUCAUACACUGUAGAAGACUUUAAAUCAGGGAUUGUGAACACAGCUGAAAGCCAAACUUCAGCUUGUCUUGCUACAGACGAAAUUUUUGCAGAUGAAAGCGUUGCAGAUUUUGAUGAUGCUGAAGCCACUGACAUAGAGUGUAAAGACUUGUCAGAUAGUAUAGAGUUGAACUUGGCGUCUCUUUUACUAAAACUUGAAAACUACUACCACGUUCCAAGUGUUGCAAUCAAUGAACUGCUUUCUGACCUUCAUUAUUUGAUCUCUGCUUGUGAACCUAUAUCAAAAAAACUUAUUACAGAUACUCUUGGUAAACAUAAAAUCUGUGUAGACUCCCAUCUUAUUGAUGAACUGAGUAACAUAACAUUAUCUAAUCCUUUGUUAAAAGCUAUUGGAAAAGAAGGCCCACUUGCUACGUCUUACAAGCGCAAAAAGUAUUACAAAAAAAUCUUUAAAGUGAUUGAACCAGUCGAAUACAUUCUCGACUCCCAAACUCAGCGUACUUUCCAAUAUGUUCCAAUAUUGAAGUCAUUACAACAGUUACUUCACCAAAAGCAUACUCUGCAAACGAUUGUUGAUAGUCACAAGGAAAAUCAGUUAAAAAAUGAUAAACAAUACAGGUCUUUUCGAGAUGGUCUACAUUUUUUAAACAAUACAUUUCUCGUGGGUGAAGAACUAAAAAUUUCUUUGUGCUUGUACAUUGACGACUUUGAACUUUGCAAUCCGUUGGGUACAUCACGGAAAAAACACAAGCUUUGCUCUGUUUAUUGGGUUAUUGGAAAUCUGCCUCCUGGAAGUCAUUCAGCAUUGUCUUCAAUAUAUUUAGCAUUGUUGUGCAAAAGUGAAGACCUAAAAACUUUUGGGUAUCAAAAAAUAUUUGAACCUCUUUUGCAAGAU